UUAGUCAAGCAUUUUCAAUUGUAACUAUGGAAACCAUUAGUUGACAUCAUUAACGUUACUAUGUAACGAAACCGAGACCUGGUAUUAUUACGUAUAAGCUUUACAAUAUAUUUAUUCAGUUUUUCGUUUAUUAAAUUAUGUCCAUAAAUUUGAAUGAGAGGAAGAGAGAGAAAGAUAAAAAUUUCAAUGAAAGAAAAUAUAUAUACUAUAAACUUAUAAAAUUAUGUCAUAUAUUUUAACAAAUAUAGUAUAUUUGUUAAAAAAUAAAAAUAGUCUUAUUUAUCUCUAAAAUGCGGAAUUAUUUUAAUAUUAUAAUUGAUAUUAACUCAUAAAUAUCUUGAAUAUGGAUAGAUAUAUAGUCACAGGGAAAAUUGGAAAAGGAGCACAAGGUAUUGUUUUAAAAGCACAUGAUGUGGAAACAGAAAAGGAUGUUGCAUUAAAAAAGUUAUUCUUAAAGAAUAUUGAUAACGGUAUAUCCAUAUCCAUUAUUCGAGAAAUAAAAAUUUUAAAACAAUUAAAACAUCCCAAUGUCAUAGAGUUAUUAGAUGCUUUCCCUACUGGUUUAGAUUUUAUAAUGGUAUUUGAAUAUAUGCCAACAGGGCUAUGGGAAAUAAUAAGAGACAAUGAUAUAUUAUUAACUCGAGUUCAAGUAAAAAUUUAUACAAAAAUGAUUUUAGAGGGCAUUGCAUAUAUACAUGGAAAAAAUAUAAUACAUAGAGAUUUAAAACCUGCUAAUUUACUAAUAAAUGAAAAAGGUAUUUUGAAAAUUGCUGAUUUUGGUUUAGGAAGAUUAUUGUGGAAGAAUGUAACAAAACCAUAUUCUCACCAAAUUGCCACUAGAUGGUAUAGAGCACCUGAAUUAUUAUAUGGUGCACGAUAUUAUACAUCAGCAAUUGAUAUGUGGUCUAUUGGAUGCAUUUUUGGUGAAUUAUAUAACAGAUCACCAUUAUUUCCUGGAGAGACAGAUAUUGAGCAAUUAGCAAUAGUUUUAAAAUAUUUAGGUUCUCCUACGUCAGAAACAUGGCCAGAUUUAAGUAUAUUACCUGAUUAUAACAAAAUUACAUUUCCAUAUCAUAAGGGAAUAUCAUGGGAUGAAAUUCUUGAAGAUACUGAACAAGAAGCUCUUGAUCUAAUUAGUAAUAUUCUUAUUUACAAUUCAUCACAACGUCUGACAGCUGAUGAAGCAUUACAACAUCCAUAUUUUCAUAUUAAACCAUAUGUUUCUUCAAAACAUUUGAUAAAACCACAAACUAGUCAUCGCUGUCAAACAAAGCAGAAAGAAAUUAAUACAAACAUCCAAGCUACUACCCUUUUUAAAAAUCUGUUAACUAUUAUAUAAUAAAUGUUCAUAUUACACAUAUAAUUAAUAAAGCAGAAAUAUAUACACUAA